GUGGGUAUUUAUGGCGAUCUGGUCGGGGUUGGUAGUAAUGGUGAAUAGCGUGGUGGAUAUUUUGGUGUUUGCUGCGACGAUGUCGUUUUUGAAAGACACGAAGAAUCCUUUAAAAGGUGACGGUGGAGAUAACAGCGUUAGGGUUUUUAUUUACCGGACGAUUAGCUUGGAUGAUAUCAAGCUGGUAAAAAAUUUCAUGAACGUGACUGUUAAUGAUGUCAUACUCGGGGUGACACAGGCGGGUCUCUCAAAAUAUAUAUACAGGAAAUACGGUGAGAAUAAAAGAGGAGAUAAAAUGACUGAAAUUCCAAAAAGAAUGCGGGUGAGGGCAGCUGUUAUGGCGAACAUAAGAGAAGUUCCUGGGAUUCAGGUACUGGCUAAUAUGAUGGCUAAAGGGUCUAAAGCCAUAUGGGGAAAUUGUAUUGGAUAUAUUCUGAUUCCCUUCACCAUUGCCUUGCAAAAAGACCCUCUGGAUUACAUUCGCACGGCUAAAUCCAUAGUUGACCGCAAGAAGCUCUCUUGUAGCCGCAGGUAUGACGAAAAGAAUAGUAUCCAACACAACAAUGACGUUCUCAAACAUAGUUGGUCCCCUUGAAGAAAUAAGCUUUUAUGGCCAUCCAAUAGCUUA